GACUGACAACAAGGGCGAUGGCCAACAAACGAGGGGUUGUAUUCUCUGAUCGAGGUAUACUGGCGUCACAGCCACCACGUCUGUAGGCGCCAAUUCGAGGCGCCCACUUCAGUUGAUCCCGAGUACUCUACGACUGCCAACCACACUACACAACUACCUCUACCUCCUUUACUGACGGCUGAGCACCUCCUUCAUCAUGUCAUCUACUAGCGAGGCUAGCAGAACUCCUAUCUCGACCAAGCCACUUACGGGAACGGCCCAUGUCGCCGGACAGCAGGCUAUAGAUGCCUCAAGGCGCACCCCAUGCAAGGAGAGCCGUCGCCGCGACAAGCCCCAGCUAUCCUGCCAUACCUGCCGCCGCCGCAAGUUACGCUGCGAUCGCCGCCAGCCCUGCUCAACAUGCUCAUCUCGAGGUCUGCUUUGCGUAUAUGGCGAUAGCCAAGGCGGCAUCAAGCCAUUAACUAGCGAGGGAGGCACCGCUCUAAGCGUCCAAGACCGCCUUGUGCACCUUGAACGGCUGGUAAUGUCGCUGAUGCCUCCGGCAGACAACCCCAAACAACUUGCCGACGACUUGAGCCCCAAGGACAGUGCCAGGCCCAUGGUUGAGUCGAUGGAUGUGCCAUCCGAGUGCGGGAGCAUGCACGUGAGCGACUCGGAUUUUCGCUACGUCGGUGGCGACCACUGGGCUGCUAUCCUAGAUAGCAUCACUGACCUCAAGGACCACCUCAACCCCGACGCGCAGCUCCAGCUGGUAGGCACUGGCGACUCGGGGCACAGUGAGCCGAGCGAUUGCGAAAGCACCGACUUGCGGCCAGGGUCGCGCUCAUCACAUGCACUGCUCCUCUACGGCCCGUCCCGACCAACUUCUCGGGCGAACAUCCUCGCCGCAUUGCCACCCAAGGUCGCCGUGGACCGCUACGUUGCCCGCUACUUCAAUAGCUUGGAGAUAGCAUCAUGCAUUGUACAUGGCCCUACAUUUCUAAAAGAGUAUGAGGCGUUCUGGACCAACCCUUCCCGCGUCCCUGUCGUGUGGAUUGGUCUUCUAUUUAGCAUCAUUGGCCUCGCCGUCGUAACUUCGGACACGGGAGAUCGCGUGAGCAACUGCGACUUAGAGCAGCAGUCGCUUCAAAUCGACCUAUACCGCGAAAAAAUCGUGCAGUGCCUCAUCGCCGGGGAGUACACCAACGCCGGCGUAUACGUGCUGGAGACCAUGCUACAUUAUCUGCACGUUGAAUUUGCCAUUCGAGCAGACGCUGACAAGGACGCCUGGUUCCUGCUGGCCAUCGCGGUCAACGUUGCGAUGCGGGCGGGUUAUCAUCGAGAUCCGGGCCACUUCCCCGACAUUACACCCCUCCAAUGCGAGAUGCGGCGCAGAACCUGGGCUACAGUUCUGCAGGCCGAUAUUCUCAUCUCGACGCAGAUGGGUAUGCCGCGCAUGGUCUCGGACCCAAAGUGGGAUGCUGCCGAGCCGCGGAACUACAACGACGCGGACUUGAGCCAAGGUGCCGUGGAGCUGCCACCACCACGCCCUGAAACCGAAUUCACAACGACCUUGGGCAUAAUUGCGCGGCGUAGGAUGCUGAUGGCCGUGGGUAUCAUCUCGGAUCUCACGUGUGCAACCACGUCGUGCAGUUACGCUGAUGUCAUGCGGGUGGAUGGCCUCCUACUCGAGGCCGCAGCCAGCAUUCCGCCUCCCUUGAAGCACAAGCCGCUUGCGGCAAGCGUCACCGACCCUCCGCAAGUCAUAAUGGGUCGGCUUUUCAUCAGCCAUGUCUUUUAUAAGGGACAAAUCAUGCUCCAUCGGCGCUUCCUAUACAGGCAGUCCCCUUCUACUGAGCGGGAUCACUUCGCCUACUCGCGCAAAGUCUGCCUCGAUGCCUCCCUUGACACGCUACAGAUUCAGCGUAUACUCGACGAAGAGACGUGCACCGCGGGUCAGCUCCACACCAUGCGCUGGCGUUUGAGCUCCAUCAUGAACCACCAAUUCCUCACGGCCACGAUGAUCUUAUGCUCGCUGCUGCACCGAGGCCAGACGCUGGAGCGGGCAGACGAGAUCGUGACGGCGUUGCAACGAACCAGGACGAUAUGGAUGAGAGGCAGCAAUCGAUCGCGUGAGGCCAGACGAGCGGCAGAGACGCUCAAUUUUGUGCUUGCCAGGGCUGCGGGAUCGGGGCAAGGGCCGGAUGUCGCCAUGGAAGACGAGAUCAGCGGAUCUGCGGACGCAAAGAACAACGCCACGGUGUCAACAUUCCUCUCCGACAUGGGUUGUUUCGACGGGAAUUGGUUUGACAGGCAAAACCUGAUGCUGCAGGAGGACUUGGGUCUCGUUCAACCCGAUGCAUUCAUCAUGCCGACGCUUCUGGGAGCGAUGGCAGUUCCGGAUCAACAAAACAAGCCCUUUCCGUUUCCCACAAGCAGCCUCGACUCGGCCUUGGGAUCUUCGGGGGAUAUGACAAUUCCUAGACCAGGAUCGAUUUGGUAGAACAUCCAAGUAUGCCAACUUGAGAGUAUCGGCUUCUUGAUUUGUGUGAGAACAAGAUUAUCU